AUGUACUCCAAGGUCAUCACCGCCCUCGCGGCCCUCGGUGCCGGCGUUGUGUCUGCCCAGAGCACCGGUCUUUGCUCCUCAGCAACCGUCACCAUUACCGACGCCGCCAUGGCCACCAACAUCCCUUGCACUACCAUCAACGGCGCCGUCAAGAUCGCUGAGGACAUCACCGGCAACAUCGACAUCAAUGGACCCAAGACCAUCAAGGGCGACCUGAUCGUCACCAACGUCACUCAGCUUGUUGGCCUCAGCAGCUCUACCCUUGCCUCCGUUGAGGGUAGCUUCACGAUGCAGGGCCUGACUGUCCUCUCCAACCUUCAGUUCACCUCGCUCGCGACUGUUGGCUCCAUCAACUGGGUCACUCUGCCCGCCCUCGGCUCCCUUGUUUUCGGUACCGCCGGUGUCACCAAGGUUAACGACAUCCUCAUUAGCGACACCUUCCUCAAGAGCUUGGACGGCCUGAACGUCGCUUCCGUUGACUCCCUCCGCAUCAACAACAACAACCAGCUGGUUUCCUACAGCAACCAGUUGGCCAACGCCACCAAGACCAUUGAGAUCAACUCGAACGGCCCCGACCUGGGCAUCACCCUCCCCAACCUCAUCUGGGCUGGCGAAAUCAUCAUUGCCGAUGCCGCUAAGGUCGAGAUGGACUCCCUCGAAGUCGUCAACGGCUCCAUCAAGUUUGACAAGAACACCUUCACCUCGUUCAUUGCCCCCAACCUGACCCAGACGACCGACGGUGAUGUCUCCUUCAUCAACAACGUUGAGCUCACCAACCUGUCUCUGCCCCUGCUCGCGAAGACCGGCGGUGGUCUUACCAUCCAGAACAACACCCUCCUCCAGAAGAUCGACGGCCUUCCCAAGCUCAAGCAGAUUGGUGGUGCUGUCCUCCUCCGCGGCAACUUCACUGAGGUCGACCUUCCCGCUCUUGAGGAUGUCAAGGGUGCCUUCGACACCCAGUCCACCGGCGACAUUGACAGCUCUUGCGACGUCUUCAACAAGAUGGAGGGCCGCCAGAUCCAGGGUGACUACAAGUGCCGCUCCAACAACACGAAGGCCAACGAGGAUGGUAACUCCGACGGCGGCAGCGCUGGUGGCUCCAAGAACGGUAGCGGCUCCGAUGGUGCUGCUGGCAUUGUCUCCGUCAACACCGCCAUUCUCGGCGCUGCCCUCCUCUUUGGCUUUGCCCAGCUUUUGUAA